UCACCCCGCCUGGACUCUUCCCUCUGACACACAAAAACACAUUUGUGAGAUGAUCUUUUUCCUCCCCGGGAGGCUCGCGGAGACACAGCGUGUUAUUUAUUUAUAUCGUGUGUGAGCCUGACAGUCAGCCGCGGCGGACAAACUGCGUCUUAACGCGGAGAGGUCGGACUUGUUUGGCUGGAGAAAAACACACCAAAAACGCACGCGAAAAACACUCCCGUCCUGUCGCGCACCCCCUUCUUUUUUAUUUCCUGUCAGUUUUUUUUCCGUGCCAAAGCAGGAACCCGGGACUGAGCCCUGUGCGCCGAGGAUGAAAGAAAACUAGAUUUGUGAUCGAGGCUGUGAGGUUGUUUUACUGGAUUUAUUUCGCUGUGGAGGAAAAGAGAUCCGGGAGCGGAGCGGUGCGCAAAAAAAGCCGAGGUCCUCCUCUCCCUCCCUCUGUCUCUCCAUCUAUCAAUCUGUCUACCUGUCCUCUUCUAUCGAUCUAUCUCUUCAUUUGUUUCCAUGUUUUUAGGUCCGUGCGAUUUUGCUAAAAUGCAUCAUCAACAGCGGAUGGCAGCUUUGGGCACAGACAAGGAACUGAGCGACUUGCUGGAUUUCAGCGCGAUGCGAAACAGCGAUUUGAAAAUGUUCCCAACAUCCAUGAUGUUUUCCCCUCCUGUUAGCAGUGGAAAGAACGGACCGACCUCCCUGGGGAGCGGACAUUUCUCCGGCUCAAAUAUGGAGGAGAGAACGAGUGCAGGGUCAUGGGCGAGCGGAAGUCGUUCUUCUAAGAGUUAUGCAGACGGGUCUCAGUACAUGGCGUCACAUGACAGCCUCUCACCUCCGUACGCCAACUCCAGCCGGCUAACAGGUAAAACAGAGAGGAGUUCGUACUCGUACGGCAGAGAGUCCAACCCACACUGCCACCAGUCGAUACUGGGUGGCGAGAUGGGUUUGGGGAGUCCCGGCGCAGCGUCGCCCACCAAGCCGGCCGGUCAAUACUACCAGCACUACGGCUCCAACCCGCGGAGGAGAACGCUGCCUAUGGACGCCAUGGAGGUUCACACAAAAAAAGUGCGGAAGGUCCCUCCCGGCUUGCCAUCCUCAGUGUACGCUCCGUCUGCCAGUACAGCAGACUACAACAGGGACUCACCGGGUUAUCCCUCCUCCAAACCUCCCAGCGCUGGCUUCCCAAGCUCAUUCUUCAUGCCAGACGGUCACCACAGCGGCGACCCCUGGAGCAGCAGUAGUAGCAGUAUGAGCCAGCAGGGUUACCACGGCAGCAUGCUGGGGGGCGGAAACUCAUCCCACGGCCCCGCCCAGAGCUCCUCCUACUGCGGGAUUCACCCUCACGACAGAUUGAGUUACCCGUCGCACUCGUCUGCAGAUAUCAGCUCCAGCCUUCCUCCGAUGUCCAGCUUCCACCGAGGGGGAGGGAGCGGGGGAGGGGGCAAUCACUACAGCACCGCCUCUUGCACCGCCUCCACCAACGGCACAGACAGCAUCAUGGCUAACCGAGCGCAGAGCUCAGCAGCCAGCGGCUCUCAGACAGGAGACGCCUUAGGGAAAGCACUCGCAUCCAUCUACUCUCCAGAUCACACGAACAACAGCUUCUCGUCCAAUCCCUCCACCCCUGUCGGCUCCCCGCCCUCCCUCACAGCUGCCAGCUCAGCUGUCUGGUCGAGGAACGGUGGACAGGGAGCAUCAUCGCCAAACUAUGAGGCGGCUCCAUUGCACUCUCUGCAAAGUCGCAUCGAGGACCGUCUGGAGCGUUUGGACGAUGCCAUCCACGUAUUGCGGAGCCACGCGGUGGGGCCGUCGACGGGUAUGACAAGCGGGCACGGUGACAUGCACAACCUCAUCGGGGCCGCACAUACGCACAAUGGCGCUAUGGGCGCUCUGAGCAGCGGGUACGGGACGGGACUGCUGUCGGCCAACAGACACUCCCUCAUGGUGGGCCCUCACAGAGAAGACGGCAGUGGCGUGGGCGGUUUGCGUGGCGGACACUCGAUGGCGGGUCAGGUGCCGGGCCCUCAGCUGCCCGUUCAGUCGGCCACCUCGCCGGACCUCAACCAGCCCGACCCGUACCGCGCCUUGUCCGGAGGCCUCCAGGGACAGAGCACGUCCUCCGUCAGCUCGGAGAUCAAGUCCGAGGACGAGGGCGACGAGAACCUCCUGCAGGACACGAAGUCCCUGGACCCCAAGAAGGAGGACGCCGACAGCAAGGACCUAAAAUCAAUUGAGAGCAACAACGACGACGAGGACCUUUCUCCGGAGCAGAAGAUGGAGAGAGAAAGGGAACGGAGGAUGGCCAACAACGCGCGGGAGCGUCUGCGCGUCCGCGACAUCAACGAGGCGUUCAAGGAGCUGGGCAGGAUGGUGCAGCUGCACCUGAAGAGCGACAAACCUCAGACCAAGUUACUGAUCCUGCACCAGGCCGUGGCCGUCAUCCUCAGUCUGGAGCAACAAGUCCGAGAGCGAAACCUGAACCCCAAGGCGGCCUGUCUGAAGCGUCGCGAGGAGGAGAAGGUCACCGUGUCAUCGGACGGGGCGCCCCUGUCGCUGGCCGCCGCGCACCACGCCGCCGCCGCCAUGGGCGACGGGUCGAACCCCUUGGGACAAAUGUCCAAGGUGCCAGAGUUCAUCAAGAUGAUGAGUGACCACUUCCUCUGACGGCGUUUCCAUGACAACCCGGCAAUCGAUCAACCCUGUCGUUGCUUCAGCCUGACCAAUCAGAUUCUCUGGAUCUUCGGCCUAACCAAUCAGAUCGGCCUCCUUCUCUCCUCUCGUCUGUCUCUGAUCCUCCUCUUCACCUUCGUCUCCUUCUUCUGUCGAGAACACGAACUGCAGAGUCACAUUAGUCGCUUUCGUCACUUUGCAUCUCCAGCCGAAGUGAACUGGAUGCUACUUUGUGGAGACGUUAAACGGCCGCUGUAACAUGGCUGCUACAAAGUGGCAGUUUGUGGGAGCUUUUGACACAAAGUGACAGCAAAUGGACAAACGUCUUUGGAAUCACAUCAUCCAAGAAAUUCUUCUUCUUGUACUUCUUGUUUUAUCAGCAUUCCCAGUUUUAAAGAACAAAAGGGUUCUAUAUAUAGUAUAUAUAUACGAGAAAAGGAAAAAAAAUGACAAAAAACUUGUUGAAAAAGUGCAACUGGACGCGGGCAGUGAGGAGGGUACGGGUUGGGGAGGGUUGUUCAGAACGGAGCAAAACAUAUCACAAAGUGUUUAAAGAGUUUGUUUUUUUUAAGCAACAUUGCGCAGCUGUUGUUGAAUGCAGCUUCGGCGCGUCUCUGACUGAAUGGCAAUCUAACGCCACACUGUGGAUGAAGCUGUGCCUGAUCUCCUCUUGGAUGCAAACCAGUCAGAUAGAUACACACGGAGAAGCAAAGCAAACACAAAAAAAAGAGAACAGGAAAAUUCCUGGAGGUAUCACGGAAGCAAGCUGCCCGCUCAUACAUCCCCCGUGCCAACCACGCGUUUUCACAGGUUCAAGUAUCAAUUGAAAUGAAAAUAUUAGGUGCUUUAUAUGCCGAGUCAUAUGAACAAAAAAUUAGUUUUGACUAUCAUAGAUGCCUCAAAGGAAACGGGGCUAAACAGGGGCAACUAAUUCUUCCCCUUCUAAUGCAUUCCCUCUAAACCUGCAGACAUUUACAGUAGAUGGUCAGUGUUUAAAAAAAAUCUGAACGUUUAUGUAUUUUUAUUAGUGUUUUAUGCUAAUAGCCAUGUUGACUUUGUUGGCAAGUGGCAAAAUUGUACGAAAUUUUUUGGUGUGAACGGUUGUACCCAAAUGGCCCGUGUGUAUCUACUGGGAGGAAGAGAAUACCUAAAGAAUCAAUCAGUUAAUCAAUCAAUCAGUGAGCGACUCCAGAGGGACUGGGGUGUUAAAAAUUACUGAAGGUAGAGGAAUUAUCGGAAGAAAAACGUGAAGGAAGAAUCAUGCAGUAAUGAAAAAGUGUACUUCUAAAUGCGGCAGGAAAGAAAGACUUUUCUCAACAUCUUCAUCUGAGAUUGUUGUCGUGGGUUUGUAGUGCAGAUGCAAGCAAACAUCCAGUCCUUUGUCAGAUAUUUAUCAGCAUGGGCAGAGCGGGCAGAGUUCGAAAAGGUGUCCAGGCCUUUGCUGUCAUCAAAGGAUUACUGGGCAGAUGGUUGAGAGGAUGGACGGAUGAUGGAAAUGCUGGAUGGAUGGCUGGAUGAGAGGGAAGAGGGCCGGGCUGAGCACUGAAGUGAAUUCCACGUUUAGCACAUUCCCUGAAUCACAAUCUACUUGAAUCGAGUGCUCUGGACAUCUUAAAGGCCUGAAAAAUGAGAGUUUUGGGAGUCAUGGAAGGUUAAGGAGAAAAGAUUGAACAUCCAGAGGAGCUAGAGAUGGAGGGAGAGGAGGACAAAAAGAGAGUCUAGAGGUCUAAAUGAUGACGACGCUGCAGGGGAAGCAAGGGAACAAUCAUCAGGGUGAGGGGUGUAUAAUUUUCUUCUGGGGGCCAAGCAGCAGUUGUCCAAGCAUUCCUGAGUUGGAUUCAAUAGAUUCCCUCAUUUCCUGGUUUAAUAUUUGGCUGAUCAUAACCCUAAAUCUCGACCUCAGACUUCGCCCUACCCUUGGUUCCAACCUUAGGGGACUUUCUGAUUGACAUUUGUGGUCAGAUAUACUUGAGGACCAUCAGAUUUCAUUGGUCAUUCAUUAGCAGUGCACAACAUCGCAGUAAUCUCUAUACAUGGAUAAUCUGUAGACAACAGUAUAACAUUUUGUUAUAAGAAGUAUUCUAGCUUUCAUUUAUGGUCGUUUGUAGUUGGACUGUAGAGCAGUAUUAUAACGUUUGAGCAGAAAGUAAACGCAUUGGCCAAAAAAAUGCAAUCUCAGAACCCAUCGGCUAUUGUCCAGGGCUGUACCCAACUCACAAUUAUGCCACCUGGAUCUAAUUUGGCAGUUCAAUACGGAUAUUUGAUGAUUCGUGUUUUUCAUACAAAGUUUUAAAGUCUGACAGUGACAAUUGUGUAAUUAGUAAACAAGCUAAUGGCGUUAAAGACAGAUCGCAAAUGCACAACAUUUUUUGACAACAUUAAAUAUCAACAAAAGCAAGAGACUACUUGCUAUGAACGAGCGAAAUCCGCAGCAAAAUCUGGGGACCAAAACAUUCCCAGAAGUUCACAGACGAAAAUGACAACUCGACUUGAAACAGUCUGAGUCGACUGAGGGUCUCGGUCUGACAAUUCGAUCCUCCCACUUUUGAGGUGCAGCCCAACUAUCAUCUGACAAUGAUUUUUAAAAAUUGGUUGGCUUUUAUAUGCAAAUAUUUGUUUUUAAGCUAAAAUGAUAGGUGCACAAGAAAGCAAGUGCACGUAAAUCCACUUGCUACUCCAGAUCCAGAAUAUUUGCCCCCAGAGGCUAAUCGUUGUCAGACCAAUAGCGGAUGGGUGCCUAGAUUGAUAUAAUAGAGACUAGAGAUUCAGAUCUAAUCAAAAGUCUGCAGUCCCAGUGGGUUCCCAUUAGAGAAGAGGACUGUCUGGACUGGAUGGGACUGGAAAAUCAGACAUCCAUAGUGGAGAGGAGUCGUAAUGUGACUAUUUCCAGCUAGAUUAGCUAGACAUGCAGCUGAAUGAUGGCACAAUUGGUGCCUCUUUCCCAAAGAAGUAAAUGUUAGCAGAUCCUAAAUCAUAUGCUAUAUGCCUACCAGAUUAGAGUAGGUUUUAGGAUUUCAGACCGGCUGAUUCGGCAUCAUCACUAGUCAGCAGCACUUGUGGCCAGCCUUGGCCCCCAGAAUAAAACCAGUAUAUUCUUGAGUGUCCUGAGUCCAGAAAGCCUGAUGUACGGUUCAUAAAUUUGGAUUGUCUUGAUUGCACAAUAUUAAUAUGAAUUUAAAACUUUUGUUCAAAUUUGGCAUAUUUGGAUUAAUCCAGAUCAGUUAAGUCUGAAGUCCAAUCCACAAGCCUAACUAAUGCAGUAUAUCACUUCAGCGUUUCAAAGUGCUGCCUCUUGACCUUCGACCUGCCAAGGUUUGUUGUGUAGAAAUUUGAUGGAAGUCAGGAGCGAGUCAGGAACGAAAUUGACCGGAUUAGGACAAGCCGGUGCUGGUCGUGACAAAAGUCAUCAACAGGCGAGAACUCGAACAAAUAAAUCAGGACCAGAUAAAUUCGGAAGAAAACUUUUGCAUUGCUAUGCAUCAAGGUCUACUCUCCAGCAAAAGUAAUUGGAAUAUCUGCAAUAUCGCCCAAUAUUUGUCUGGUGUCAAUCUGACAGUCCCCUUUCACCCUCACCCCAGUUUGGACCCUCCUCAGUCAAGGCCUAUGUUUGAUCCCAGUCCUGUCUUCUCUGCUGACCCUAGCCUUAUGAGCCCUAAACCGGAGCCCUAGUCCCUCUUCCAAGCCUCUUGCCCCACCUAAGCGGUCCCACAGAUGCAAUUUGAACAUUCACACUUCUACCAAUGUGCCUUUUUAGAGUUCAUAUCAUUCGAGUUGCCAGAGGAGGACAUUUACCUGGUCUUUUAAUAGGAUGCAAGCUUAGGGAAACCUGUUCUUAGUCGUUAGGUUCUAUGCAGUCAGGUUUUUUACCAGACCUGGGAAUUUAAAAAAAGCUAAAAAGGAAAAAAAAGUAUUUUUUGGAUAAAAAAAAAAAAUUAAACUGUAUUUAAUGUACUGUACGCUUAUAUGUAAGUAGACAGCGUGUUCUGGCUUCGAGCCACUGAGACAGACGCUUGAUUUAGCAAGACAAGCCCCCAUCCCUCCCAGUCCUCCCCCUGCGUCCUCCAUAACCCCCCACCCAUCCUGUUCCGAGCCCCAGCCCUGUUUCCAUGGUGAACAACGCGUCUCUUCUUGUAUUAUAGCUUAUCAGCUUUUUAUCAAUAUUUGAUCGGCUUGUCCGUAAGCCAAUGUAGUCUUCAGUACAAAGUGUGUGGUCGUAUGUUGUAAAACAGAUUUUCUUUUUUCUCUCUCUCUCUUUCUCUCUCUCUCUCUCUUUUUUAAGAAAAAA